GACAACAUCCUUUAUUCUGUAUUCUCUCUUGUGCUCAUCAAUGUUGCUCAAUAAAAGAGAAGGCCCAGAGCCAAUAAUACCUCACUACUAUAGCAACUCUGAGGGUGCUGGAAACAUAAUCUUCGUAAUCUUGAAGAUCCAAUCGCCCGAAAUCCGGGUAUUAUAAACCCAUGUCUAUUUUGAGAUUCAACCGUAGUCCUCAGCCACGUAUGCAACCUCGUCGCAACUCGAACGUCAGCCGUACGAACAAAGAUGUCUAUUACACGCUCUCUUCAUCUGCUUUGUUGCAAUAACAAUGGCAGAGGCUCUCGGACUUGUCUCUAGUGUUAUCGCAGUUAUCGAUUUAUCUGUAAAGGUCGCCUCACGGUGCUCCGAGUACUACACAAAUGUCAAGAAUGCUCGAGAUGAUAUCGGACGCCUUCAAAGUGAGGCCCAGGAAUUAAAAGCAAUACUUGAGAAGAUUCAUUCAAUAUGCGACGGUUCAAAUGGUGUGAGAAUUCAAGAUCCCCAGGGCUUGCGUAAAGGAGUCGAGGAAUGCCAGAAGCAGCUCGCCCAGCUGGAUGUAAAGCUUGAGCCCCGAGAGAGAAACAAAUUAAUGAGUCGUUUUGGGAGACGUGCUUUGAAAUGGCCUUUCAAAGGUAAAGAGGUGGAUAGCCUUAUAAAGAAACUCGAAAAAUGCAAGGCCAACAUAUCCUUCAGUCUUCAAGUCGAUCAAGAGAUACAAAUUCUUAACACCCAUCAAAGAAUUGUGCUUGAUAAACUGCGGUCUGCCGAUAAUGCUGCGUUUGAUUCCCACGACGAAGAACACAAUGCCCGAUGCUACCAAGGCACUCGAGCGGAACUCCUUCGGCACAUAGAUAGCUGGGUUAGCGAUCGAGGCAGCGAACGCAUAUUUUGGCUAAAUGGUAUGGCAGGCACUGGCAAAUCUACAAUCUCCCGCACAGUGGCCCAAAAUCUAGUCGACAAGGGAGAGCUCGGCGCCAGUUUCUUCUUUAAGAGGGGUGAAGGCGACCGUGGCCACGCAGGAAUGUUUUUUGCAACAAUUGUCACUCAACUCGUCCAAAAAUUGCCUCCCUUAGCACCACAUGUUCGAGAUGCAAUCGAAGCUAACCCGGGAAUCUCUGGGAAGACUUUAGGUCAACAAUUCAUUACACUUGUUUUGAAACCGUUAGAAAAGAUACAAACCGAUCCUCAGAAGUCUUCCAGUAUAGUGAUUGUGGUUGAUGCUCUUGACGAGUGUGACCGAGAAGAGGAUGUUGAAGCUAUCAUUCGCCUAUUUUCACAAGCGCAGCACGUCGCAUCACUCAAGUUCUUUUUGACAAGCAGGCCAGAGCUUCCGAUUCGCCUGGGGUUUAAGAAAAUAGGAGACAUAUAUAAAGGAUUAGUUCUCCAUGAAAUACCCGAGAAAAUUGUUAAGGAAGAUAUCUCUUCAUUCCUAGAACAUGAACUAGCAAUAAUCCGAGAAAAUUAUAACGUAUCAGUCCCCCAAAACCGGCAAUUACCCGCGGAUUGGCCAGGCCAUACAAUUAUUCAAAGUUUAGUCGGAAUGGCUAUCCCAUUGUUUAUUUUUGCUACAACCAUCUGCCGGUUCAUCAAUGACCGAAAAUGCCGCCAACCGAAGGAGCAGCUUGCUGAGGUCCUGAAAUAUGAGGGUAGAAGCCAAGUGUCUAAACUUGGCGCAACAUAUCUCCCUGUCCUAAACCAGCUAAUCUUCGAAGUUAAUCAUUCACAGAAAAGAGGUAUAUUACAAGACUUCAAGCAAGUCGUUGGGUCAAUUGUCAUUCUCGCUAGCCCUCUUUCCGCUACUUCUCUCGAUCGACUCCUUGGAGUCCUUGAAGGUACAGUCGACAGUAGAACAGAUCUCCUCCACUCCGUUCUAAACAUCCCCUCUCGUCCCGACCACCCUGUACGGCUGCUCCAUUUGUCGUUCCGGGACUUUCUCAUCGAUACUGAGAAUCGCGAAACGAACCCCUUUUGGGUUGACGAGAAAGAUACCCAUAAGAAGUUAGCGACCCGAUGCAUUGAACUCUUAUCGACGGGCGAAAAUCUCAAAAAAGAUAUUUGUAACCUUCGGACACCAGAAAAGCCACGAGCAGAUAUUGAUAAACAAACGAUAGACUCUUACCUACCAUCUGAAAUUCAAUAUGCUUGCCAGUAUUGGGUAUACCACUUGAACGAAAGCGGAGGUAGUAUAUACGAUGGCGACCAAGUCCACAAUUUCCUCAAGUGUCACUUUCUCCACUGGCUUGAAUCAUUGAGCUUGAUUGGAAGGCUACGAGAAAGUAUUGGGAUGGUAGAUAGCUUGAUGGCUAUAAUAGACCCAAUAAAAGGCGACCAAAUAUCUCGGUUUCUUUACGAUGCAAAGCGCUUUAUCCUCAAUUGCUACUCCAUAGCUGACUCGUCGCCCCUCCAACUCUAUUCCUCUGCGCUUAUCUUCGCUCCAAAAAAAAGCAUCAUUCGGAAUACAUUCCAUAAUUACACUCCUAAUUGGAUCCUACAGAAGCCAAAUACAGAUCUGGAAUGGAAUGCAGUUCUUCAGACGCUCGAAGGGCACAGCGGUGGGGUUAACUCGAUCGCUUUCUCGGCCGACUCAAAGCUGCUGGCGUCGGCGUCGCGCGAUCACACAAUCAAGAUCUGGGAUUCAGCUACCGGCACACUACAGCAGACGCUCGAAGGGCACAACGGUGAGGUUAACUCGGUCGCUUUCUCGGCCGACUCAAAACUUCUGGCGUCGGCAUCGGACGAUCGCACAAUCAAGAUCUGGGAUUCAGCUACCGGCACGCUACAGCAGACGCUCGAAGGGCACAGCGGUGGGGUUAACUCGGUCGCUUUCUCGGCCGACUCAAAGCUGCUGGCGUCGGCGUCGCGCGAUCGCACAAUCAAGAUCUGGGAUGCAGCUACCGACACACUACAGCAAACGCUCGAAAGACACAGCGAUUGGGUUAACUCGGUCGCUUUCUCGGCCGACUCAAAACUUCUGGCGUCGGCAUCGGACGAUCGCACAAUCAAGAUCUGGGAUUCAGCUACCGGCACGCUACAGCAGACGCUCGAAGGGCACAGCGGUGGGGUUAACUCGGUCGCUUUCUCGGCCGACUCAAAGCUGCUGGCGUCGGCGUCGCGCGAUCGCACAAUCAAGAUCUGGGAUGCAGCUACCGGCACACUACAGCAAACGCUCAAAGGGCACAGCGGUGGGGUUAACUCGGUCGCUUUCUCGACCGACUCAAAGCUGCUGGCGUCGGCAUCGAACGAUUGCACAAUCAAGAUCUGGGAUUCAGCUACCGGCACGCUACAGCAGACGCUCGAAGGGAACAGCGAUUGGGUUAACGCGGUCGCUUUCUCGGCCGACUCAAAGCUGCUGGCGUCGGCGUCGCGCGAUCGCACAAUCAAGAUCUGGGAUUCAGCUACCGGCACGCUACAGCAGACGCUCGAAGAGCACAGCGAUUGGGUUAACUCGGUCGCUUUCUCGGCCGACUCAAAGCUGCUGGCGUCGGCGUCGCGCGAUCGCACAAUCAAGAUCUGGAAUGCAGCUACCGGCACGCUACAGCAGACGCUCGAAGGGCACAGCGAUUGGGUUAACUCGGUCGCUUUCUCGGCCGACUCAAAGCUUCUGGCGUCGGCAUCGGACGAUCACACAAUCAAGAUCUGGGAUUCAGCUACCGACACGCUGCUGCAGACGCUCGAAGGGCAUAGCGAUUGGGUCCGCUCGAUUGCUUUCUCGACCGACUCAAAACUGCUGGCAUCCUGGUCGCGCGAUCACACAAUCAAGAUCUGGGAUUCAGCUACCGGCACACUACAGCAGACGCUCGAAGGGCACAACGGUGAGGUUAACUCGGUCGCUUUCUCGGCCGACUCAAAACUUCUGGCGUCGGCAUCGGACGAUCGCACAAUCAAGAUCUGGGAUUCAGCUACCGGCACGCUACAGCAGACGCUCGAAGGGCACAGCGGUGGGGUUAACUCGGUCGCUUUCUCGGCCGACUCAAAGCUGCUGGCGUCGGCGUCGCGCGAUCGCACAAUCAAGAUCUGGGAUGCAGCUACCGGCACGCUACAGCAGACACUCGAAGGGCAUAUUGGCGCCAGAAAUUUAUUAUUUGAUAUCACAAAUUCAAUCUUAAUUACAGACACCGGCUGCUUUAGGUUAGUUAUAAACACGAACAUCCCUCUCCAUUCAUCUUCUCGAGCAAUAAAUAAUGGAACCCACCGUCAAGGAUUGAGUAUCGAUGAGUUUUGGGUAAUAUGGAAUGACCAGAACCUUCUUUGGUUACCACCCGACUUCCGGCCUGGAAGCUUUACUAUCUCGCAUACCGGCUCGAAACUCGCCAUUGGAUGUCAAUCUGGGAGAGUUUUUGUUAUUGGAAUAAAUAAUCCAUAUAGCAAAAUUCUUUAAUAAAGUUAGCUUACUUUCAGAAAUAAUUAUCGUAUACGUAACUUAUCUUCUCCUUAAUAUUUUAUUUUAUAAAUGAGCCAUAAGAGAGGUGUGGGGGGAGCUACACUUAUAUACCAUUGUGGAUUAUACCAGAUUCUCCUAUGCCUUUCUAACUUACAUUGUUCUUGGCCAGUCCAGUUGUGUAAUAUAUGUUUCAACUCUGUUGGAAGUGACUUGAAGACUGUAGCUGAUUGUGGUAGUAAUGCGCUAAAAUUGAUAAGGUUAAUCA